GUCUUCUAUAGCUCGAACUCCAACUUCUCGGCCAUGGAAAGCCACGGACGGUGUUGGGUGAAGGGGAGCGCCAUCGGAACUGGUGCCUUCGGCGUCGUGCACCUCGCCUUGGACGAGUCCACCGGCCACGCUUUCGCCGUCAAAUCUGUGAGCCUGAGUUCGUCCCCUGUUGCCUCGGUCCAAUCUUUGGAGAGGGAGAUCCAAAUCCUCAGGUCCCUUCGCUCUCCCUACGUCGUCGCUUACCUCGGCGACGACACCAGCCAGGAGCCUCGUGCCGGCGCGUGCCGGAACCUGCACCUCGAGUACAUGCCCGGCGGCACGGUGGCGGAGUCAGCAGCGGCGGCGAAGGCCAAGGGUCUCCCGCUGGACGAGAUCCAAGUGCGCGCUUACGCGCGGUGCGUGGUGCGAGCUCUUCGUUAUCUCCACGACGUCGCCGGGGUCGUGCACUGCGACGUCAAGGGCCGGAACGUGCUCUUGGGGCGGGACCGGCGCGUGGCCAAGCUCGCGGACUUCGGCGCAGCGGUGAGGAUUGCGGACGCGAGCAGGGGAGGAGACGGGCGGGGUUGGGUGCGCGGGACCCCGCUGUGGAUGGCGCCGGAGGUAGCGAGAGGGGAGCGGCCAACGCCCGCGUCGGACGUGUGGUCGCUCGGGUGCACCGUCAUCGAAAUGGUCACGGGUGCACCGCCGUGGCCCGACAUGAGGACCAACGACGCUGCCGGAGCUAUGCUCAGGAUAGGCUAUGGCGGCGAGACACCGGAGUUCCCAGCUCGGCUGUCUGACGUCGGCCAGGACUUUCUCGCCAGGUGUUUCAGGAGGGACGCGACCGAGCGGUGGACGGCGGAGCAGUUACUGCGGCAUCCUUUCUUAGCCAAGGAAAGCGUAAUCACCGACCCAUCUCCGAGAGGCGUUCUCGAGUGGGCAAACACGGAAUUCCAUGACGACGACGAUGAUUCCAUCAAAGAAAGAUGCACUGUUAGUUCUAGUUACGAUCAUCAAGCCGAGGAGAUGAUGAAUUGCGCAAGAGGAAGAGUGAGGGAAUUGGCUUUGGACGGAGGUGCCUUUGGUUGGUGCAGUGAUGGUUGGGAGCUCAUCUGGUGCUCUGAGUCAGAGGAGGAAGAGAUCGUUGUGGAAGGGAUGUGCGAAGAUCGUUCGAGCAGCGGCUGGUGGGAAUCGGGAGACGGGAACGGCAGCGCCGGUGAGCCAAGUGAGGGUGGGUUGUGCAGUGGAAUGAGACGCUCUGCUUCUUGCAGCAGCUGCCGUAGUCGUCUUUGUUGGCGCCGGUGUUACUGCCGUAAUGGUGGUUUGGGCUGUCAGCAUGUGCUUGGAAUGGGGAAGAGUUUGGUCAUUGGGUGUCAUCACUUGUCGUCACUGAUAAAUGGCAAUACAGUUCUACAUUUCCUUUUCUUCUCUCUCUCUCUCUCUCUCUCUCUUGUGGAGGCUAAGAAGGUUAGGUCUGAUGAGUUCAGUCUCAGAUCACUGUGCAUGCCAACUUUCUUCUCCCCUAAAGCGCGUGGCGUGCUGCCACUUGCACAUGUGGUGCAGAAGGAAAGCAACCAGAGAUGACUUUUUUGUCGGAAAUAAAAUUGCAUACCAUUAAUGUUCCCGUUCUGUGCUCAUCAUAACCAUAAUCUCUCCAACAUCCAAAAU